AUGUGGGCAGACAGACAGAGCCACCAACCUGCUGCUGGGAGAAGCAGCCCCAGGAACCGGUCCCUUGUGGCCCAGACCUUCUUGCAGAUGCCCAAUACUGUGGAGCAUCCAGAGCCRGCGCUGCGGCUCACGGGCACCGGCUGCCGCUGCUCGGGGCUGCUGGAGGUGCAGUGGCUCGGCCGGUGGAGCGGCGUGUGCUGGGACGAGGUGGCCCAAGCCAGCACCAAGCCCCCACCAGCGCCUGGGACCAGCACGCCGGAGCCCACCGGUGCUGCCAGGCUGAGGCUGGUGGAUGGGAACUUCAGCUGCUCGGGGUUCGUGGAGCUCUACAGGCAGGGGCUGUGGGGCGCCGUAGGGGCCGACGCGGGCGCCUGGCCUCRCCUGGCCUCCCGAAUCUGUGAGGCAGUGAACUGCGGCCACUUCGCCCUGGAGCACGGCGCCGUGCCGGAGGCGGCGAGCCACUUACCCGUGCGGUGGGAGAUGGAGCAGUCCUGCCAGAGACCCUCGGUCCUGGACUGCUUCAAUGAGACGAGGGACGGCCGGGGCAAAGCGCCCGCCUUCCUCAUCUGCUCCGGCUCCGAGCCCCGGGCCGCGCGGCGGCUGGCGGGGGGCCUCACGCCGUGCGAGGGCCACAUCGAGGUGUUCCGCGGGGAGCGCUGGCAGGCGCUGUGCGACGAGCCGGCGCGGCGGGCCGAGCGCGGCCGGCAGCUGUGCCGGGAGCUGCGCUGCGGCCGGCUCUCCUCCAGCGCCGCGCUCGAGGAGCCGCCGACGCUGGGCGUCACCUGCGCCGCCCGCAGCCUCCACCUCUGCGCGCUGCGAGGAGCGCUCCGGACCUGCUCCCGCACCAGCGUCGUGUGCCAGGACUCCAAGCCGCAAGCUGCUGGCCUGGGAGCCGGCACCAUCAUGAGCAUCCUCCUGGCUCUGGUUCUCUUCGGCAUCCUCCUGCUCAUCUGCGGACCCCCUGCCUACAAGAGGCUCAUGAAGAAAAUCUCAAAGAAGAAGCAGCGCCAAUGGAUCGGCCCCACGGGAUUCAACCAAAAUGUUUCGUUCCACCGCAACAGCACCGUCAACCUGAGGCCGCGGGCUGAGGGGCCGAGGGCACAAGGAGAGGACAACGACUACGCGCAGCCACCCAAGAAGAACCCCUACCUGUCGGCUUACCCGGCUCUGGAAGGCGCAUCGCAAUCUUCCAACCCUCCGGACAAUUCCUCCGAGAGCGACUACGACCUGCACUCCGCCCGCAGAGUGUGACUGCCCUGCGAGCGGUAAGGCCCUCUCGUGUGCCUGCCGUUAUCUCCUCAUCCCAAGCUGUCUCACGGGACACUCAUUCACACGAGGGCUAAAGCGAGUCCUGCUCAAUUAGCCUGCCUGUGGCKUCGUAAGAUUUGGCUAACAUUAGGAAAAAAAAAAGGAAUAGAAUGGACAAAAGAGAAGAGAAAAACAGAGAGUUGUGUCAGAGCCUCAGAGCUGCCCAUGCGCCCCGCGGCUGGACGUCAUGCUGAGCACUUCAUUCCGAGCCGCCCGGACUCGGCGCUGGGAAGAUCCGUACSCGUGGCACUGACCCCAGUCGCUCGGCUCUGCCCUAGCCUGGCUUGGCUUCGCGCUCUGCUAUCGCCCUGGCAGCUGGGCACCUUCCCGAGAAAGCUUC